CACACCAUCGCUUUAGAGCGGCGACCGCCUCCCCCCCGCCAAGGCCUGGGGUCCGCCACCCGUAUACGACGAAGCGCAAACGGCCGCCUGCCUGAGCCUUCACGACACGCAAAGGGGGGCCGGGGGAGGGCCUGGCAGACUGACACGCAGGAGGGUCACGCUCGCCGCCGCGGAUGCUGUUUGGGUGACGGGGCCGGCGCCGCCGCGGUGAGUCGGAGUCUGCGCCGCCGCCACCGGCCGAGCCCUGCUAGAGCCGCCAUAUUGCCCGAACCAGACGCUUCGCCUCUGCUACCGCCGACACCGCCGGUGGGCUCUUCCUCGUGUCGCGGUUUCUUCCCUCUCUCUGCAGAACUAGCCUGAGUUUUCGUGGCCUCCCUGUAUCCGGCCUUGCCGAGGAAAGCCCCCUCCCUCUUGUCCUUCUCCCGGGCGCUAGGCGCGUCUGAUUUCCCCGGACGGGGAGGAGCGGAGCCCUAGGCCCGAGCCGACCCUCUUCGCGCUAGCUGGCACGAAAGGAGAGCGAGCCCAGGGCCUUGCUGCUGAGACGCCCCAGCGGCGGCACGGAAUAGCUGGUGACGCAAAAUAAAAAAAAAAACAGCAGCCGCCCAAGCGCCCCCGAAAGGAACGGCGAGGCUCGAGCGGGCUGGCAAGAGAGGGGCUGCGCCCUGCAGUGCUUGUGGAAGCUUUAGCCGGCUACUGGCGGAGCAGCAGCGGCAGCUUUCGCUGGGUUCUUGCUCGGCAUGAGAGACAGGCCUGCUAGUUGUCGCGGCCGCUGCUGCCUGGGAUGAGAAACUCUGCGACCACACCCGCCGCAGCAGUCGCCGCCUUCCCCCAUCGCCAGCAGAACCAGCAGCAGCGGUGCCCGGGAUCGGAGCGGGCCUGGGCACCAGCGCCAAGAGCAACAGCGGCAACCAGAGACGCUGUGUGGGGAUUAUGCAAUGGUCACUGCAAGAUGGCUUGUUCUUGAGUUGGAGCUUUUUAAAACAGACAUAUGCUGGUACUUCAACUUUAUUAAGCGGACUAUAAAUUUUUCUCUUACAACGACUACCUAAGCAGACAAAAUUGCAAAAAUCUGCCCUGUUUCGAGUAUGACAGCCACGACCCGUGGCUCUCCAGUGGGAGGGAAUGACAGCCAGGGCCAGGCUCCUGAUGGACAGUCUCAGCCUCCUCUCCAGCAGAAUCAGACUUCCUCACCUGAUUCUUCAAAUGAGAAUUCUCCAGCUACACCUCCUGAUGAACAGGGUCAAGGUGAUGCUCCACCACAGCUUGAAGAUGAAGAGCCUGCAUUUCCACACACUGACCUGGCCAAGUUGGAUGACAUGAUUAAUAGACCUCGAUGGGUUGUUCCUGUAUUGCCUAAAGGGGAGUUAGAAGUUCUUCUAGAAGCUGCUAUUGAUCUCAGUAAAAAAGGCCUUGAUGUCAAAAGUGAAGCAUGUCAGCGAUUUUUUCGAGAUGGUUUAACAAUCUCUUUCACAAAAAUCCUUACAGAUGAGGCUGUGAGUGGAUGGAAGUUUGAGAUUCAUAGGUGUAUUAUUAACAAUACUCACCGUCUAGUUGAACUCUGUGUGGCAAAGCUGGCCCAAGAUUGGUUUCCUCUUCUUGAACUUCUUGCAAUGGCCUUAAAUCCUCAUUGUAAGUUCCAUCUUUAUAAUGGUACGCGCCCCUCUGAAACAGUUCCUGCUGGAGUUCAGCUGGCCGAAGAUGAACUUUACGCUCGUCCCCCAGACCCACGGUCGCCAAAGGGUUGGCUAGUAGAUCUCAUCAACAAGUUUGGCACAUUAAAUGGGUUUCAGAUCCUACAUGAUCGUUUUAUGAGUGGAUCAGCACUGAAUGUUCAAAUUAUUGCAGCGCUCAUCAAACCAUUUGGACAGUGCUAUGAGUUUCUAACACUUCAUACAGUGAAGAAAUACUUUCUUCCAAUUAUAGAAAUGGUUCCACACUUUUUAGAAAACUUAACUGAUGAUGAACUGAAAAAAGAAGCCAAGAAUGAAGCCAAAAAUGAUGCUUUGUCAAUGAUAAUCAAAUCUCUAAAGAAUUUAGCUUCAAGAGUUCCAGGACAAGAGGAAACUGUAAAAAACUUAGAAAUAUUUAGAUUAAAAAUGAUACUUAGGUUGUUGCAGAUUUCAUCUUUCAAUGGAAAAAUGAAUGCACUAAAUGAAGUUAACAAGGUAAUAUCUAGUGUGUCAUAUUAUACUCAUCGGCACGGUAAUCCUGAAGAGGAGGAGUGGCUUACAGCAGAAAGAAUGGCGGAGUGGAUCCAACAAAAUAAUAUUUUAUCAAUUGUCUUGAGAGAUAGUCUACAUCAACCUCAGUAUGUAGAAAAGUUAGAGAAAAUUCUUCGUUUUGUCAUCAAAGAAAAGGCCCUUACCUUGCAAGAUCUUGACAAUAUUUGGGCCGCACAGGCAGGAAAACAUGAAGCCAUUGUGAAAAAUGUACAUGACCUCCUUGCAAAACUGGCCUGGGAUUUUUCUCCUGAACAGCUUGACCAUCUCUUUGACUGUUUUAAGGCAAGUUGGACAAAUGCAAGCAAAAAGCAGCGUGAAAAGCUACUUGAGCUCAUUCGUCGCCUUGCAGAAGAUGAUAAGGAUGGUGUGAUGGCACACAAAGUACUGAACCUUCUGUGGAAUUUAGCUCAUAGUGAUGAUGUUCCAGUUGAUAUCAUGGACCAGGCUCUCAGUGCCCACAUUAAAAUCUUAGAUUAUAGUUGUUCACAGGAUCGAGAUACUCAAAAAGUACAAUGGAUAGAUCGUUUUAUAGAGGAGCUUCGCACAAAUGACAAAUGGGUCAUUCCUGCGCUGAAGCAGAUUAGGGAAAUUUGUAGCUUAUUUGGUGAAGCACCACAAAAUUUGAGUCAGACUCAACGAAGUCCCCAUGUGUUCUAUCGCCAUGACUUAAUCAAUCAACUUCAGCACAAUCAUGCUUUAGUAACGUUAGUAGCAGAGAAUCUUUCAGCAUAUAUGGAAAGCAUGAGGCAGUAUGCUAAAGAACAUGGAGAAUAUGAUCCGCAAACUGUAAGGCCAGGGAGUAGAUACAGCCAUGUGCAAGAGGUCCAAGAGCGGUUGAACUUCUUAAGGUUUUUAUUGAAGGAUGGUCAAUUAUGGCUCUGUGCUCCUCAGGCAAAACAGAUAUGGAAAUGUUUAGCUGAAAAUGCAGUUUACCUAUGUGAUCGUGAAGCCUGUUUUAAAUGGUAUUCCAAGCUCAUGGGAGAUGAACCAGAUUUAGAUCCUGAUAUUAAUAAAGACUUCUUUGAAAACAAUGUUCUUCAGUUGGACCCAUCGCUGUUAACAGAAAAUGGAAUGAAAUGUUUUGAACGUUUCUUCAAAGCUGUGAACUGCCGAGAAGGGAAGCUAGUUGCAAAGAGACGAGCUUAUAUGAUGGAUGAUUUGGAGUUAAUAGGAUUAGAUUAUCUUUGGAGGGUUGUGAUUCAAGGAAAUGAUGACAUUGCCAGUCGAGCGAUAGAUCUGCUAAAGGAGAUCUAUACUAACCUUGGACCAAGGUUACAAGUUAAUCAGGUAGUAAUCCAUGAAGACUUCAUUCAAUCCUGUUUUGAUCGUUUGAAAGCCUCCUAUGAUACUUUGUGUGUGCUGGAUGGAGAUAAAGACAGCAUUAACUGUGCAAGGCAAGAAGCAAUACGAAUGGUGCGAGUUUUGACUGUUUUGAGGGAAUAUAUUAAUGAAUGUGACAGUGAUUACCAUGAAGAACGAACAAUUCUGCCGAUGUCAAGAGCUUUUCGCGGAAAACACAUUUCUCUAGUAGUGCGUUUUCCAAACCAAGGUCGGCAAGUGGAAGAUCUGGAUGUUUGGUCUCAUACAAAUGACACAAUUGGUUCAGUUAGACGUUGCAUUUUGAACCGCAUUAAAGCCAACAGUGCCCAUACCAAAGUAGAAUUAUUUAUUGGAGGUGAACUAGUAGAUCCAGCAGAUGACAGGAAAUUAAUUGGACAGUUAAAUCUCAAAGAUAAAACACUAAUUACAGCCAAGCUUACCCAGAUAAGUUCCAAUAUGCCUUCAAGCCCUGAUAGUUCUUCUGACUCUUCUACUGGUUCUCCUGGAAACCAUGGGAAUCAUUAUAGUGAUGGUCCUAAUCCAGAAGUUGAAAGUUGCUUGCCUGGAGUAAUCAUGUCACUUCAUCCUAGAUACAUCUCGUUUCUUUGGCAAGUUGCAGACCUAGGCAGUAGUCUAAAUAUGCCGCCUCUUAGAGAUGGUGCACGCAUCCUUAUGAAAUUAAUGCCUCCAGAUAACACUACUGUAGAGAAACUAAGAGCUAUUUGUUUAGACCAUGCAAAACUUGGUGAGAGCAGCCUAAGUCCAUCCCUUGAUUCUCUUUUCUUCGGCCCUUCUGCUUCACAAGUGCUAUAUCUUACUGAGGUAGUCUAUGCCUUGUUAAUGCCUGCCAACUUACCUCUGGGAGAAGAUGCCACUGAUUUCCAGUACAACUUCUUAAAAAGUGGUGGCUUGCCUCUUGUCCUUAGUAUGCUAACUAGAAAUAACUUUCUGCCAAAUGCAGACAUGGAAACAAGAAGGGGUGCCUACCUAAAUGCUCUAAAAAUAGCUAAACUGUUGCUAACAGCAAUUGGCUAUGGUCAUGUUAGAGCUGUGGCAGAAGCUUAUCAGCCAGUUGUAGAGGGCACAAGCCCAAUGUCACCGAUCAACCAAGCAACCCAUGAUCAGGCAGUAGUUUUGCAGACUGCUCUACAGAAUAUUCCCAAUCCAACCUCAGAAUGCAUGCUAAGAAAUGUAGCAAUACGCCUUGCUCAGCAAAUAUCUGAUGAGGCUUCAAAGUAUAUCCCUGAUAUCUGUGUUAUUAGAGCAGUACAAAAAAUCGUUUGGGCUUCAGGAUGUGGAUCAGUACAGCUGGUUUUCUCCUCAAAUGAGGAUAUUAGUAAAAUUUAUGAAAAGACAAAUGCAGGCAAUGAACCAGAUGCAGAAGAUGAACAAGUUUGCUGUGAAGCACUUGAAGCGAUGACUCUUUGUUUUGCUUUGAUUCCAACAGCAUUGGAUGCACUUAGUAAAGAAAAAGCAUGGCAAACAUUUAUCAUCGACUUACUACUGCACUGUCACAGCAAAGCUGUUCGUCAGAUGGCACAGGAGCAGUUCUUUUUAAUGGCUACAAGAUGUUGUAUGGGACAGAGACCACUUCUUUUCUUUAUAACCCUGUUGUUUACUGUACUAGGGAGUACUGCAAGAGAGCGUGCUAAACAUUCAGGGGAUUACUUUACUCUAUUGAGACAUCUUCUUAAUUAUGCAUACAAUAGUAAUAUCAAUGUGCCCAAUGCUGAAGUUCUGCUUAAUAAUGAAAUUGACUGGCUUAAAAGAAUUAGGGAUGAAGUGAAAAGAACUGGAGAAACUGGUGUAGAAGAGACAAUCUUAGAAGGUCACCUUGGAGUAACAAAAGAAUUACUGGCAUUCCAGACUCCUGAAAAAAAAUACCAUAUUGGUUGUGAAAAGGGAGGUGCCAAUCUCAUUAAAGAGCUAAUAGAUGAUUUCAUCUUUCCAGCUUCUAAUGUUUACUUACAGUACAUGAGAAAUGGAGAGUUGCCCGCUGAGCAGGCCAUACCAGUCUGUAGUUCGCCAGCUACUAUUAAUGCUGGAUUUGAGCUAUUAGUAGCUCUAGCAGUGGGCUGUGUCCGAAACCUCAAACAAAUAGUAGAUACUUUGACUGAAAUGUAUUAUAUAGGCACUGCGAUAACUACUUGUGAAGCACUUACAGAAUGGGAAUACCUGCCACCUGUUGGACCACGACCACCAAAGGGAUUUGUAGGCCUAAAAAAUGCUGGUGCCACAUGUUACAUGAAUUCUGUCAUUCAACAAUUGUACAUGAUUCCUGCUAUCAGGAAUGGUAUCCUUGCAAUUGAGGGCACGGGCAGUGAUGUAGAUGAUGAUAUGUCUGGAGAUGAGAAGCAAGACAAUGAGAGCACUACUGACUCCCGGGAUGAAGUAUUUGGCUACCCACACCAGUAUGAUGACAAACCUACAUUAAGUAAAACAGAAGACAGAAAAGAAUACAAUAUAGGUGUUUUAAGGCAUCUUCAGGUCAUCUUUGGUCACUUGGCAGCAUCUAGGUUACAGUACUAUGUGCCAAGAGGAUUUUGGAAGCAGUUCAGACUCUGGGGUGAACCUGUAAAUCUGCGUGAACAGCAUGAUGCUUUAGAAUUCUUUAAUUCCUUGGUGGAUAGUCUAGAUGAAGCUUUAAAAGCCUUGGGUCACCCAGCAAUGUUAAGUAAAGUUUUGGGAGGAUCCUUUGCUGAUCAGAAGAUCUGUCAAGGCUGCCCCCAUAGGUACGAAUGUGAAGAGUCUUUUACAACGCUGAAUGUAGAUAUAAGAAAUCACCAAAACUUGCUUGACUCCUUGGAACAGUAUGUCAAAGGAGACUUACUGGAAGGUGCAAAUGCAUAUCACUGUGAAAAAUGCAACAAGAAGGUUGAUACAGUGAAACGCUUGUUGAUUAAAAAGCUGCCCCCAGUUCUUGCUAUCCAGUUAAAAAGAUUUGACUAUGACUGGGAAAGAGAAUGUGCAAUCAAGUUCAAUGAUUACUUUGAAUUUCCUCGAGAGUUGGACAUGGAACCUUACACAGUAGCAGGAGUAGCAAAACUAGAAGGGGAUGAUGUAAAUCCUGAAAAUCAGCUGAUACAGAAUGAACAGUCUGAAAAUGAACAUUCUGGGAGCACUAAAUACAGAUUAGUGGGUGUAUUGGUGCACAGUGGUCAAGCCAGUGGUGGACAUUAUUAUUCUUAUAUUAUUCAGAGAAAUGGGGGAGAUGGUGAAAAAAAUCGAUGGUAUAAAUUUGAUGAUGGUGAUGUAACAGAAUGCAAAAUGGAUGAUGAUGAAGAAAUGAAAAAUCAGUGUUUUGGUGGAGAGUACAUGGGGGAAGUAUUUGAUCAUAUGAUGAAGCGCAUGUCCUACAGACGUCAGAAGAGGUGGUGGAAUGCGUACAUUCUUUUUUAUGAACGUUUGGAUACAGUAGACAAAGACAAUGAACUAAUAAAAUAUAUUUCAGAACUUACUAUGACCACUAAACCCCACCAGAUUAAAAUGCCAUCUGCCAUUGAACGAAGUGUACGGAAACAAAAUGUACAGUUCAUGCACAACCGUAUGCAGUACAGUCUAGAAUAUUUCCAGUUCAUAAAGAAAUUACUGACUUGUAACAGUGUCUACCUAAACCCUCCUCCAGGACAAGAUCAUCUAUUGCCGGAAGCAGAGGAAAUAACCAUGAUUAGUGUUCAGCUUGCUGCUAGAUUUCUCUUCACCACAGGAUUUCACACCAAGAAAAUAGUUCGUGGUCCCGCCAGUGAUUGGUAUGAUGCUUUGUGCAUACUCCUUCGUCACAGCAAGAAUGUACGUUUUUGGUUUGCACACAAUGUCCUUUUCAAUGUUUCAAAUCGGUUCUCUGAAUAUCUUUUGGAAUGCCCGAGUGCUGAAGUGAGAGGGGCUUUUGCAAAGCUUAUAGUAUUUAUUGCACAUUUUUCAUUGCAAGAUGGGCCGUGUCCUUCACCUUUUGCUUCACCUGGACCAUCUAGUCAGGCCUAUGACAACUUAAGUUUGAGUGAUCACUUGCUGAGAGCCGUACUGAAUCUUCUUAGAAGGGAAGUGUCUGAGCAUGGACGCCAUCUGCAACAAUAUUUCAAUCUCUUCGUGAUGUAUGCCAAUUUAGGUGUAGCAGAAAAAACACAACUUUUAAAGCUCAGUGUACCUGCAACAUUUAUGCUCGUGGCUCUAGAUGAAGGUCCUGGUCCUCCAAUCAAGUACCAAUAUGCUGAACUGGGCAAAUUGUACACUGUGGUAUCCCAGCUAAUCCGUUGUUGCAAUGUGUCAUCACGGAUGCAGUCUUCUAUAAAUGGUAAUCCUCCACUUAGCAACCCCUAUGGUGAUCCUAAUUUAUCACAACCGAUAAUGGCACUGCAGCAGAAUGUGGCAGACAUUUUGUUUGUGCGAACUAGUUAUGUGAAAAAAAUAAUUGAAGACUGCAGUAACUCAGAAGAGACCAUCAAGCUACUUCGCUUCUGCUGCUGGGAGAAUCCUCAGUUCUCAUCUACAGUCCUCAGUGAAUUACUUUGGCAGGUUGCAUAUUCUUAUACAUAUGAACUUCGGCCUUACUUAGAUCUGCUUCUGCAGAUCUUGCUAAUUGAGGACUCUUGGCAAACUCACAGGAUUCACAAUGCACUUAAAGGAAUUCCAGAUGAUAGAGAUGGGCUUUUCGAUACCAUUCAGCGCUCUAAGAACCAUUAUCAAAAAAGGGCUUACCAAUGUAUAAAGUGUAUGGUAGCACUUUUCAGCAAUUGUCCUGUAGCCUACCAGAUUUUACAGAGCAAUGGAGAUCUGAAGAGAAAAUGGACUUGGGCAGUAGAAUGGCUUGGAGAUGAGCUUGAGCGUAGGCCAUACACUGGCAAUCCACAGUAUACAUAUAAUAACUGGUCACCACCAGUCCAGAGUAAUGAAACAUCAAAUGGUUACUUUCUAGAAAGAUCACACAGUGCAAGAAUGACCCUUGCAAAGGCUUGUGAACUAUGUCCAGAAGAGGAACCAGAUGAUCCAGAUGCCCCUGAUGAGCACGAGUCCUCCCCACCAGAAGAUGCUCCACUGUAUCCUCAUUCACCUGGUUCCCAGUAUCAACAGAAUAACCAUGUGCAUGGACAACCAUAUACAGGCCCAGCAGCACAUCAUAUGAACAAUCCUCAGCGAACUGGCCAACGAGCACAAGAAAAUUUUGAAGGCAGUGAAGAGGUUUCACCGCCUCAGACGAAAGAAUAGUGGAAAUGCACAUAAUUAACUUGCUUCAUCAAGACUGUGCACCCAGGCCUUACAGUCCAACUUUUCUCUGUGUCUGGCUAAUAUUUAGAAGAAGAAAAAACUAUUCCUAAUCAACAUGGAGUGAAGAGUCUAUUCACUGUCUUAUCUGCAGAAAAUUGCUGUCAAUAUAUAACCUGCCUGCAGUGGAAAGUGUAUAGUGUUUUGUAAUAAAUGGCCUGAUGCUAAUGUGUAAAUGGCAAAGGUGUAUAUAGUAUAUUAAUGUUUGACUGUUAAUUCUUAAGCAAGAAACAUUUUUUGUCUUGAUGAGACUCACAGAUCUACAAUUAAUUUCUUGAUAUAUCCGCUGCGCUCUACAACCAGUGUUGCCUGCCUAACGGCAGUUGGAUCAACUCCUUUCCAAAAAAAAAAAGAGAAAAAGAAAAAAAAGCAAGCCUCUCCAUGUCAACCACAAAAAUAGUUUCAUGUAAUUCUUUGCCACUGGAGUCGAUUUUACUAUGAGCAACGUAAUGACUGGUAACCUUUUAAUUAUUUGGUUGAUGUGGAAAAUUGGUGAUGUAACAUUGUUUCUAGGUCUUUUUCAUUGCCUUUUUCAUUCUGGUAUUAGGUUAAUCACUUUGAAGCUAUAGUUAAGCUGUAACAUUUAGCAUGGCUUCACACCAGGUUAGUGUAGCCAGUGAGGAAAGAAAAAUUACAGUUGUCUGAAAGUGACAACUAUGUUCUUCAGAGCCUUUUCUUCUGAUAUCUAGAUUAUUAAACGGGAGGGAGGGUUGGGCAAUGUGACAAACAGGUGGUUUUCAGUUGCACAUACGUUCCUCACAUCUGAUGUUUGACAGUUCUGUCUCUGGGUGGGAUACAAGAACACUUAGUUUUCAGUAAUAGGAAAUUAAAAGACUUAAAACAAAUAUGCAAAUUUUUGCUAUGCCAGGAUGCCUGGAGCAUAAUAGACUGUAUUUGGUGUGCUUGUUUUGUUUCUUUGGUAGAGCUUAUUUGAUAAACUUCUAACACUUUCCUUUCUACUGCAUUGCAGUGAAGCGGAAGUCAACAAAAUCACACAAUACUUGUGCCACUGCACCAAGUUAACUUGCUGGUUUCCUGCUCAUUCACAGUUCUACCUGAAAGCAACAAUUGUCUUUAUCCAUUAUAAAAUAAAUCUUAACCUUAGAAGCAGGGUUUGAUUAUUAAAAGAGAAACUACUGGUUAGUCAAAUGCAAAAUCUGAAGUAUCUAUUCCAGACUAAAGAUUUACUUAAAGACUUCAAGGAACGUAUCAGUAAAUACUGUAUUUAAAUUAAAAUUGGUAACUUGAAUGUGUGUAAUUAUUUUGGAGCCUGUCAAAACCAAAUACCCCUGCAAAACAGAUACAGCCCACCCUAUACUAUUUAAAUAUUUGCUGUUUUAUUUUAUAGAAAUUAUUUUGCUGAAUUCACAAAUAGAAUUUGAUUUAAGAAGA